GUAUCCCUGGUGGUGAAUGUGGCUAGCGAAUGUGGCUUCACAGACCAGAACUAUCGAGCCUUACAGCAGCUGCAGCGGGACCUGGGUCCCUACCAUUUCAAUGUGCUUGCCUUCCCCUGCAACCAGUUUGGCCAACAGGAACCAGACAGCAACAGGGAGAUCGAGAGCUUUGUCCGCCGCACCUACAGUGUCUCUUUCCCCAUGUUUAGCAAGGUCGCAGUCAUUGGCACUGGUGCCCAUCCUGCCUUCAAAUACCUGACCCGUGAGUCCUAGCCCUUCUUCCCCUCAACUACCCU